AUGGAAAAGACCGAUAUAAGUAAAAGAGCCUUCGGUACGGCCGAGGAGGAACUGAGCUAUUACGCACCAAGAGGUAUUAUGAUGUGGGGCGAAACCGUUUCCGAGGCGCUCAAUAUGGGUCGGUUGGCUGUGCGUGCAGUGGGUGAAAACGAUGUGGAAACUUAUCGUCCCCUUACCCUGCUAAUCGAGGGUCCGCCAAAGGCCGGAAAAACUGCGCUGGCUGUGGAAAUCGCCAAACUUUCCGGAUUUCCGUUCGUGAAAAUUUUGACCUCCCACAAGAUGAUCGGCUAUACUGAGACGGCUAAAUGUGCUGCCAUGAAAAAGGUUUGCCGUUCAGUAGUUUCUGUGUUCAAAAGUUUUCCGCAUUGCUAUGCUUCGAAGGCCACGGUAGAACAAGUGCUCAUUUUCUUGUAG